AUGAAUGGCAUUUGGUUCCUUUCCAAAAAUAGCGGACAGAAACAGAUUCCAGCUGAUAAUGUGGGCGGCAGGAGGGUAGUAUUGUGUUGUUGGUGGAAUCUCAACGGAGUUAUUCGUUGGAAGCUUCUGUCACAUGGUUCUUCUAUCAGUGCUGAGAAGUACUCUGAGCAGCUGGGCCGGAUGGUUGCAGAGUUUAGAGAGAGACGCCAUCUCGUUGAUGAGGAUAAGCUCAGGAUGGAUCUUCAGUCGUUCAGUGAUCGCAUGUACGUGGACUUCUACAGGGAGGGAAUCUACAAACUGCCUGGUCUUUGGCGACGUGUCGUCGAUACCGAUGGAGGAUAA